GGAAAAAAAACCCACCGGAAGUAGCUCGCGCUCAGGGGAUUUCCAGUGAAUCGAAAGUGAAAGUAUUUCCUGUGACGCUGACAGAAACGCACAAAGUCUGCAUUUGUUUUUGAAGAAAACGCAUCGCAAAAACCCUGAAAAUGAGUUCAUCUGAUAAAGAUAAGAGAAAGAAAAUUCCAGCUCACCUGAACCCAGUGUUGUCUGUGAGGAGUGAGGAUUUUCCAAGAACAUUUCAACAUGUCGAGAAAGAAAGUCUGCAUCAAGAAAAUGGCUCAGAGUCACCUGAACGCAGCUUUGUGUCUCUGAAGAGUGACCGGUCAAUGGGGAUUCCAAUAAAAUUUGGACAAUCACACACACACAUCAUGAAAAGUCUGCAUCAAGAAAAUGUCUCAGAGUCACCUGAACGCAGCUUUGUGUCUCUGAAGAGUGACCGGUCAAUGGGGAUUCCAAUAAAAUUUGGACAGUCACACACACGCAUCAUGAAAAGACGUCACAGUGAAAGUUCCUGCUCAUCUGGGCCCAGCAUUCAGUCGAUGAGGAGUGACAGAUCAAUGGAUUAUCCAUUAACGUUUCAACAUGGAGAGAAAGAAAGAGACAAACCUGACGUGUCACAUCCUUCCACGAUGCAGCUGGACGAUGGAGUCAAGCAACUGAGCCCAGAUUAUCCAGCGAUGGAGGAUAAGGAGCAUCAGAGCAGGACAGGAGAAUUGGAGCCUGUGUCACAAAGUUUCAAAUCCAAACUCUGGAAGAAAUUUUCAUUGAUUAAUGAGGGAAUCCCAAUGUAUGGAAACUUAAGACUUCUGAAUGAAAUCUACACAAACCUCUAUAUCACAUCAGAUUGUGAGAGUGGAUGUGUCAAUGAAGAACAUGAGGUCAAAUGUAUAGAAAUGGCACACAGGAGAUUACCAACAGAAGAGUCCAUCAAUUGUAAUGACAUAUUUAAACCCUUACCUGGAGAUGAGAAACCCAUCAGAACUGUGCUAACAGAAGGCAUUGCUGGAAUCGGGAAAACGGUCUCUGUGCAGAAGUUUGUUCUGGACUGGGCUGACGGAAAAGCGAAUCAUGAUUUGGACUUCAUUUUCCCCUUUAACUUUAGGGAGCUAAAUUUUAUGAAGGGAAAAAAGCUCAGUGUGUUGGAGCUUCUCCAUCGUUUUUUCCCAGAAACCAAAGAACUUAAAGCAGACGAUCAUCGCAACAAAAUCAUGUUCAUCUUUGAUGGCCUGGACGAGUCUCGUUUUACUCUUGAUUUUCUAAACAGCAAAAAGUUGACUGCUCUAACAGAGUCUGCUUUAGUAGAGGUGCUGUUAACAAAUAUUAUUAGCGGGAAUCUGCUUCCAUCUGCAUUCCUCUGGAUAACAUCUCGACCGGCAGCAUCCAGUCAGAUUCCUCCUACUUAUAUUGACAGAAUAACGGAGGUACGAGGGUUCCUUGACCCUCAGAAAGAUGAGUACUUCCAAAAAAGAAUCGGUGAUCAAAUCCUGGCAAAUAAAAUCAUCACACACCUGAAGUCAUCACGAAGUCUUUAUAUUAUGUGCCACAUGCCAGUCUUCUGUUGGAUGGCAGCAACUGUUUUUGAGGGAAUUUUCAGUGAAGCAGAAACUGGAGAGGUCCCCAAGACCCUGACUCAAAUGUUCACACAUUUCCUGAUCUUACAGAUCAAACGUAUAUCCCCAAAGUACAAAAAACGUGAAAUGGGUCCUGGAGAGAUUGCAGACAUUGUACUAAAACUGGGAAAGCUGGCAUUCCAGCAGCUGGAGAAAGGAAACCUGAUCUUCUAUGAGGAGGACAUCACUGGAUGUGACAUUGAUGUCCAAGAGGCCACGGUGUACUCUGGAGUUUGCACCCAGAUCUUUAUUGAGGAAGUCGCUUUGCAUCUGGGGAAGGUGUACAGCUUUGUCCAUCUGAGUGUUCAGGAGCACCUUGCUGCUGUGUAUGCAUUUCUCUCCUGUAUCAAUGGAAAUCUCUCAGAACAACAAACUCCUCGAAUCUUCGGCCUCUCCAGCAAGGCAACACUGUUAGACCUUCUAAAGGCAGCAGUAGACAAGGCCUUACAGAAUAAGAAUGGACACCUGAACCUUUUCCUUCGUUUCCUGAUGGGUCUCUCACUGGAGUCCAAUUCAGUUCUCUUACAAGAUCUGAUGACAGAGACAGGACGCAGUUCUCUGAGCACAAAUGCUGCUGUCACUCAAAAGGAAAUAACCAAAUACAUCAAGGAGAAGAUUGGAAAGAAUACAGAAGUAUGCAAAUCCAUCAAUCUGUUCCAUUGUCUGAAUGAACUGAACGACCAGUCUCUGGUACAGGAAGUUCAAACCUUAUUGAGUAAAACAGAAGAUAAUUGCCUCCAUGGAGUCAGACUUUCAUCAGUUCAGUGGUCAGCUCUGGCUUUCUUCUUGCUGAACUCAGAAGAGGUGCUGAAACAGUUUAUCCUCAAGAAAUAUGCAGCAACAGAGCACUGUUUGCGGAAACUGUCCUCAGUGGUCACAGCAUCUAGAAAAGCUCUGCUGUGUGAUUGUAAUCUCACAAAGCACAGUGGUGAAAUUCUGGCCAAAGCUCUCAGCUCAGACUGUUCAUGUCUGCAAGAGCUGGACGUGAGUGAAAAUAAAUUACAGGAUUCAGGAUUCAGACUGCUUUCUACUGGGCUGAAGAGUCCAAAAUGUAAAUUGGAGGUCCUCAGACUUGGUGAUUGUGGUCUCACAGAGAAAAGCUGUGCGCUUCUCGCUUCAGUUCUUACCUCUGAGUCGACACGUCUGAAGGAGCUGCGUCUCAGCCGCAAUAAACUGCAGGAUUCGGGAGUGAAGCAGCUUUCAGACGCCCUGAAGAACCCACACUGUAAACUAGAGAUACUGAGGCUGAAUACGUGCAGCUUUACAGAGGAAGGCUUUACUGCUUUGAUUUCAGCACUGAGGUCGAACCCUUCUCACCUGAGAGCACUGGAUGUGGGGGGAAAUACAGCAGGACAGACAGGAGCCGACCUGCUCUCUGAUCUGUUAAAGGAACCAAGCUGUAAACUGGAGAAGCUAAACUUGUCUGAAUGUGGCAUUACACAGGAAGGUGGCGAUCAUCUGAUUUCAGCUCUGAUCUCAAACCCCUCUCACCUCAGAGAACUGGAUCUGGGUGGGAAUAAAAUCGGAGCCCCGGGCAUAAAAUUAAUCUCUGAUUUCCUGAAGAACGAACACUGCAAACUGGAGACAUUAAAGUUGCACGAUUGUAACGUUACAGAAGAAGGCUGUGUCUCUCUCACUGCAGCUCUGAGUCCAGAUUCACACCUGAGAGAGCUCGAUCUGCGCUCGAAUCAUUUAGGAGAACGGGGACAGAAGCUGCUCUCUGAUAUAAAGAAUGAUGGAAAGUACAAACUGGAGAUGUUGAAGCUGGGGGAUCUUCAGACCUGACAUGGUGUAAGGAUGAAGUCUCGUGGAGAUAACAGCUCACACUGUUACCACAUUCUCACACUUUCUCGGUCAUCCAUCAUUCCUGACACACCUGCUUUGGACUUUCCAGCUUUUUUGGCAGAUGAGAAAUCUAGCUAAUUUUUCCACCUUUAAUCAGUUACUAAUCAGGCAAACUUAGGUGUUUAAGUAGUGUUUAUUGUUGGCAUCUAAAUCAACAGAAUGCCUUGAGAAUCAUAAAGAAGCUAGAAAUGGAGCAAAUACAAUACAGCUAUCGUAUAAAACCUCACGACUGAUUGUGCUGUUGAUUGUAGAUUUGUGAGUUUAUUGCGAGUGAGAGGGUUUGAGUUUUAGCUUCAUAAAGACAUUUGGAUGUACAGUAAUGAUGGUAAAGUGCCAUUAAUGUGCUGUGUUCAGUGUUAAGUGUGCUGAUUGCUAGUUAGCAAGUAUGACGUAAGAGCUCUGACAGGGAAAAUACAUGUGAACGAAUGUCUGGUGUGUUUCACAUGUAUUUUCUCACAUUUCAUGUUCUCUUAUUUGUGAGAUUAGAUUAGAUCUAGGGCGGCACGGUGGUGUAGUGGUUAGCACUGUUGCCUCACAGCAAGAAGGUCCUGGGUUCGAGCCCAGUGGCUGAUGGGGGCCUUUCUGUGCGGAGUUUGCAUGUUCUCCCCGUGUCCGCAUGGGUUUCCUCCGGGUGCUCCGGUUUCCCCCAUAGUCCAAGGACAUGCAGGUUAGGAUAAUUGGUGGCUCUAAGUUGAACGUAGGUGUGAAUGUGGGUGUGAAUGGUUGUUUAUCUCUGUGUGUCAGCCCUGCAAUGACCUGGCGUCUUGUCCAGGGUGUACCCCACCUCUCGCCCAUAGUCGGCUGGGAUAGGCUCCAGCUUGCCUGCGACCCUGUAGAACAGGAUAAGCGGCUACAGAUAAUGGAUGGAUGGAUGGAUGGAUUAGAUCUAGUUCCAAGUGUAAGUGGAGUGCAGCUGCCACACAAUGUCAGAAGCCUCAUGUUAGCAAAGCCACCAGUUGUGCAGAAGCCUCCAGCUGGUUGGGCAGAAGAUAGACAAAGUCCUAUUCUGGAAGAAAGCCUGCAGUUGUGCAGAAGCCCCAGCUUGGGCAGAGGUCAGAGCUUGGGCAUGUUGGUCAAAAGGUUUUAGGUGGACGAGGAUCAAUACUGAGCAAAAUUCUCCUGCUGGCUAAAGACCUGUGCUGGUCCUCUGGUUGGUUAGCCAUGUUGAGCAGAAGUCCAUGGCUAGGGAGAUGCCCGAGAGUGGACAGAAUCCCGAGGAUGGACAGAAGCUUCUGGUUGGUCUGAUGCAUGAGGAUGUACAAAAGCUCCUAACUGAUCAGAAGCUCCAGGUUGGGCAGAGGUCAGAGCUUGGGCAUGUUGGUCAAAAGGUUCGAUCUUGGGCAAAAUUCUCUUGGUGGCUAAAGACCUGUGCUGGUCCUCUGUUUGGUUAGCCAUGUUGAGCAGAAGUUCAUGGCUAAGGAGAUGUCUGAGGGUGGGCAGAAUCCCGAGGUUAGACAGAGGCUCAUGAUUGGUCAGAUGACUGAGGUUGGGCAGAAACUGUUGGUUGGUCAGAAGCUCAUAGUUGAGCUGAUGCGUGAGGAUGGGUGGAAGCCCGAGUUUGCCUUCUGCUGGCUAAAGCCCUACCUGGGGAGAAGCGCUAAGUUGACAUUGGGCAUCCAAACCAACACCUGUACCUGGUCGGUCAGAUUCCUGAGGUUGAUCUGAAGCUGAUUAAAAGACUUUGCCAGGUUGAAAUUAAAAUCUCUCUUUCUCUCUCUGGAUAGCUUCUGUUGUGAGGAUUUGCCUCAAAAAGAUGUGAAGAAAAACCCUGAGGCCAAUUUGUUUCUUUUAUAGGAGAAAAAGUUUAUUGAAAUGAUAUGCAGUAGCAGCUUAGUGGAUUUAAAAACUAACAUUCUGAGCUGGCUGAUGGAGUCCUGACACAUGGCUGGAGAUAACGGACUUUAAACUGGAGGAAACAGAAAAUAAAUAGACCUGAUUUCUUCGGUCUUGCACAGUAAAUGAUAGAAAAGCAGUAGGAAUUAAAGAGAAAAAAUAGUUUCCACCAAAAUCUAAUUCAGAGUUUAAUCUGCUUGCUCAUAAUGUGAUUUCAGAAUAACAGUGAAAAAUCACAAAUCGUUAGCUUUUAGAUAAAUAAACACCAAAAUCAGGUGUAAAAUAAUAAACCAAUAUCAUGUAAAUGAAGUACUACAUUUUAUCAUGUGCUGUAUAGUGUACUUAUAAAUCAGUUAUGGAGGUGAAUCCCAUCUUUGUCAUUAUUACUAUGAUCUCACAUCUAGAUUUUACCAAUAGAGUAUCUACGAUAUGUAAAGACAAUACAUAAGACAUAAAAAUCUUAUAACAGCAGUCUGUCAGAGUCGACUAACGUCAUAAAGAGGCCAUCCUUAAACAAAAAUCCGUUUCCUGUCCACCAGGUGAGCAAAAAAAAUUUCAGUCAGGAGGGAGGGAUUUUUUUUACUAUAUGGAUGGAUAAGAAAUCGCAAUGCUGUGUUUGCUUUUUCUUUCAGUACUUUAUUACAAAAGCAGACACAUUUAAUAAAAUAUGACGGUUUAAUCAACUGAAACUUGUACAAAAACACGGACUUUUUGUAGUUCUAAAUCGACCGUUAGGCCUAGUUCGGAUGAAAUUACACUAUUAAAAUGAUCACUGAAUGAUUUGUUUUUCUGAAUCUUUACUAUUUUGUUCGCCAGAAUACCAUUUUGCGAUUUCACACUUGAGCAAAUGUUUGAAAACUCCAGAUCUCCUUCCUUCAUGGUGGCUGCCAUUUUUUUGUGCCACACGGCGCAUGCACAGAGCUGAUUCGAUUCUAUAUUCUGCGCGGAAUGCAGGGCUUUCCACAAGCGCCGGCCGCCGGCCAUACAGCCGACUACACAAUUAAGUCCAGCCGGCUACUUUAAUGACUAUUAUUUUUGUAGCCCACAGGCUCUAAAUAUUAAUUUUCGAUUUUAAUAAAAUUAAAAGUUUAUCUAACGGACUGACAAUAAUGUCAAACUGAACCGCACUCAUUUAAGUUGUGAAUCGCGCUGUUUGUACCGAUAAUAACCACAAAUUCCCCGCCGACUUCGUUGAUCAAGGGAGAGUAACUCAUCCGCGGCCCCGACAUGCGGUGUGUGCGCGCGCACUCGGCGGAGGCAGUAGUGUGUCGGGGCUGUCGGAGGCGACAUCGGAGGGAACAGAAGCAGAGAUAACGCUUAUUUUGUCUCCGGUAAACCAGUCUUCUCUCGUUCAAUUACGUGCUGGCAUCAAAAGACACCGUUGGUUGUAAAUGAAACCAAACUGAGUGGUUGGAGUGUAUUUUCAUACACAAAUGGAGAAAUGUUCGCUGAGUGUGUAAUUGUGUAGCCCCACUGCAGACCGCUGUCGUUGUUAAUUCAUAGCAUGCUCAGCUGCGUGAAUGUGUCAUGCACCGAAAAUAAGAGAUUUACAAGCCAGGAACGCCUCAUGAUGCAAUACGCAAGAAAAGAAAGAAGAUUUACUGCCAUUUUACUUUGUAUUUGAGUAAAGUGAAUAAAUAAAUGGUCUGUGGAAAAUACAUUUAAUCCUGGGAACUGCGUGCACAGGAGUUUAUUUUGUGUUUACCCCCCCGGCUGGCUACUUAUUUGUCAUGGCUGGCGAGUAUGAGCCUUAGUGGAAAGCCCUGGGAAUGCGGAAAUGUCAAGUUCGAUUUUAGAUUGACGAACCCGAAAAAAUGUCGAAAAACCGGCGUUAAAAAAAAAAUUUCAACCGCACAAACGGCACUCACCCGGCCGGUGGACCGGAAACAGAACAUUUUUUAAUAAUGGCCAGAUGUAAAAUAAAAUGAUGCAUGCAUUCAUUCUUAAUGUACAAACAUAUAUUUCUGUGUUGUGUAACUGUAUAUUCCUCAGUGAUGUAGUUUGUGUUUUGCUGAUAUAAAAUCUGUAAGUGCAUGUCUGUAUAACUUCUCAGCUUUGACUUUAUCAUCCCAACUGCAUGUUUAUCAAAAUUUCAGUACUAUACCACUGCUUAUUUAUGCAUGAUGGGCUCGUUUGACAAAAAAAAAAAAAGUACGUAAAUGCAGGGUAAAAUGAUUUGCAGUAAAUCUAACAGCCAGUUGCAGAGUUGUUAACGAACUCAUAACGAUGAUGUACAUCUUUUGUGGAAGAAUUUCUUCUCUACAAUGGUAGAACCUUUGGCUAAAGCUAGCAAGUAGUCUGUAGUUAAUUGAGAUCUAAAUUGGAGUUAAAUUCGUAGUGAGAAUGACGAGUGUCGAUGUUUGUUCAGUCAGAGCUCAAUGCUAACAGCUGAUGAGGACGAGUGAAGAGUGGUGGGAUCUGACAGUGAAGAUUAGCUUUGUUCGCUAUGCGAAGUGUUUCUAUUCGCUGUGGUUGUAGUUUAUUUUCUAUCCAAACUCUACUUGUGCUGAUAUUUCAAGAUGUUUCUUUGCUUCCACUGCAGUUCUUUUUUUUUUAACCAGCAAAAGCCUUAAAGUGUGAAAAGGGCCCCGUAUUUCUGUUUUACACUCUAUAUAUUACUGUUUAUCUGUUCUAUCUCUCAUCUAUGGCAUGAUAUGUUCAGUGGUAAUAAAUAAACUAAAACACACACUUCA